AUGGCACACGGGACGCUCAAAAUUCUUCAGCUUAAUGUCCACAAGCGGAAAGAGGUGCAGCAAAGUCUGCUAAACGACGAGGAUAUCAAGGACUAUGCAGUGUUGGCGGUCUCAGAACCAUACGCGAGGACGGUGGACGAAGCGGUGGUGACCGUCCCAAUGGGACAUCACAACUGGACCAAGUUGAUACCAACGACAAAGUGGAACACAACUUGGCCAAUCCGGAGCAUGAUGUGGCACAGAUUCGACUCCCAGAUCGGACAGUGCUGA